AUGGUAAUGUUCAGGCUAGCAAUUCAACUAUCUUUUUUUAGUGGCAAAGAGACAGGCAAACAUGAACAAGGAGUAGGUUUCGUAGUUAAAAACUCCAUAAUGUCAAGCAUUAAACGUUUCAUGCCAGUGAAUGAACGUCUGUGCUACCUGCAAAUGGCUGGAUGGAAUUUCGAUAUAUGUAUAAUUAACGGUUAUGCCCCGACAGAGGAUCAAGAGGAGGAAGUGAAAAAUAUUUUCUAUGAGGAUCUAGAGAGAUUAUUUGACUCUCUACCAAACAACUGCAUCAAGAUAAUUGCUGGUGAUCUGAAUGCGCAGGUCGGUARAGAACAAUUUCUUAGACCAACAAUAGGCCAAGAGAGCUGGCACUCAGUAUCUAAUGAUAAUGGGUUGAGAUUAGUUGGCUUUGCAGAAUCGAAAAACCUUAUUAUAAGCAGCACCUAUUUUCCUAGAAAGAACAUCCAUAAGCACACGUGGACUGCCCCAGACGGUAAGACGAAAAGUCAAAUCGACCAUAUAAUUAUUGACAAGCGACACCGAACAAGCAUAAAAAACGUCAGAAGCUAUAGGGGUGCGGAUGGGGACACAGACCACUUCUUAGUGAUAGCAAGCCUAUCGUUAAAACUGUCAACGAUAUGGAGAAAAAAGCAACAACCUAAUACAGCACAUAAACUAGAUAGAAGUAAAUUAAGAGAUCAAAAGGAAAUCAUGGAAUACCAAAACAGAAUAAAGGAAGGAUUGAACAGCUUUAACAUAAUACAAGAAGAAUUGAGUAAUGUCAUAGAGUGGACCCAAAUAAAGGAAUCACUAAAUAAAGCAGCAGAAACUCUCCGAGUUACCAAGGGAAAAAGUAAGAAUCACUGGUUUGAUAAUGAGUGUCGAGACACGAUAAAAAACCGAAAAGCAGCAAGAGCUAAAAUGAUACAAAAUCCUUCGACUUCAAAUUUACAGGAAUAUGCAGAGUUUCGCGCAAG